GAGGAACCGAAUUCUUUUGAGGAGGAAGUGACUUUUUGGCAAAAUCAAUACUUAUCCCCUUUGCUGUGGGGUACUGAUUUCUGCUCCAAAGUAGCCAGGAGAUGUCCCUCAAAGUGUGUGUGUGUGGAGGCGGUAAUGGUGCCCAUACCUUGUCCGGCCUGUCCGCAUCCCGGGAAGGAGUGGAGGUUCGUGUCCUCACUCUGUUCGCUGAUGAAGCAGAGCGCUGGACCAAGGCAAUGGAGGAAGUGGGUGGCCUCACUGUACUGGUGACCGAAAAAGAUGGUACAACCACUGAGAUAAAGUCAAAGCCGCAUAUUGUCACCAAAGACCCUAAGAUUGCGGUCACUGGAGCUGAUGUCAUCAUUCUGACUGUACCAGCUUUCGCUCAUGAGGGGUACUUCAAGGCCAUGGUACCCUACAUACAGGACUCUGCUCUCCUGGUUGGCUUGCCUGGACAAGCUGGCUUCGAGUUUCAAUGUAGGGACAUUCUUGGCACCAAGGCUGCAGCUAUUUCUAUCCUGACAUUUGAAACACUUCCUUGGGCUUGCAGGAUCAAGGAGUUCGGUAAAGUAGUCGAAGUCCUUGGGACAAAGGCAGUAAUUGCGGCAGCUUUGGUCAAAGGAACUGCAGAAACAAAGGAUCCGCUAUCCACUCUCCAAAUGUUGCUUGGUGCAGAGCCAAAGUUGCGUCUCGCUAAACAUUUCUUGGAGAUGUUGAUAAUGAAUCACUCGUUUAUCCAUCCAUGUAUCAUGAACGGUGAAUGGAAGAACUGGGAUGGGAAACCUGUUGCUCAGCCUCCGUUGUUUUACCAAGGGAUCUCCAAAGAGGUCGCUAAUAUGCUAAUGAGUUGCAGCGACGAAUGUGAGGCCGUAGCAAAAGCGAUCAUGGCCGCCUCGCCGAAGGAUGACCUUAGCGACGUCAAGAGUAUCUACCAGUGGUACUGUGAAUAUUACGGGGAGGACAUUGUCGACAAUCGUGAUCAGUAUCACUGUAUGAGGACAAAUAAAUCCUACAAGGGACUUGUACACCCUACCAAGGCAGUUGAAGGUGGAUUCGUCCCCGACUUCACCAACCGUUACCUUACCGAAGAUGUCCCAAUGGGUGUGGUCGUCUUCAAAGGCCUUGCUUUAGCUGCUGGGGUCCCAACUCCUAACCACGAUAAACUCAUCUACUGGGCCCAGGAAAAGAUAGGUAAAGAGUAUUUGGUCAAUGGACAGCUGACUGGAAAGGAUGUGGCAUCUACGAGAUGUCCUCAGAGAUAUGGCUUCAAUACUUUGAGUGCUAUUCUGACUGGGAAAAAUUAGUUACAGCGUAGUGUUAAAAAUGCAUGUAGGGUAAUAUUAGCUCUGAUCAAAACAGAUACUGAGCUUGCUCUUUGUUUCUGCUUGGCAGUGGAACGGAUAGAAAACAAUUAAAUCAAAAUUUAUUCUGUUAAACUUGGGUCGUUUUUCAAUCUUCCAUGCCACCCAAAGACAAAUAAGAAUAUGUAGAAGUCUGCAGUUUGUUUCGCUUUCAUCAAUAUUGUGUUUAAUCGGGUUGCCAUGGUUACUUUCCUUGAUCAAAUUGAGGCUCCGCUGUUGCCCUUGUCCAAUAUUUACAUCUGUCACUAAUGAUUGAUGACCCUGGUCUUGAGUGAAAAGGUAAUGAAAAAGAUUUUUUGACAACUUUCAUCUUAUUUGAGGAAACUAAUAUUUUUGUCAAAUCGUGAUGUAACCAUGUCAGAGUAUUUGAAGUUAAGUUAUUUUUGCUGUUUAUAUCAAUUGCAAUGAAAUUACAAUGUCAAAGUUUGCAGUCCUUGUCAUUUGAAGUUUGCUUCUUUUUGCUUUGAUAUCAAUCACAGGGCUUGAAAUCGUGACAACUCCUCAAUAUGAAUUUGUACCAUUUCGAAUAACUUGUAAUUGAUUUCUUCCCUCAAAGUUAUAACUUUGUUGAUUGGACGAAAUGUGCUUUGCAAGUCUAGAUUUGCAUUACAUUUAGGGAGGUUAUAUGCAAAAGAUGAUUAUCGCAAAAUUCUAGUUCUCUUCCUUUAAAAAAAGCUAAAUGUGAAUGUUUUCUUCAGCAUUUUGUUGUUUCUGUUGUUAUCUGUUAUGUAAGUGGACAUGAAGGUCUCGUUUGUUGUAACAUUCUGGUUAUUUAAAUAUCAGGUCGUUUAGCCGUUCUGAGUUCAGAGCAGAUGAUACCAAUGAAACUGCUCAGGGUUUAAAAUACUGUUUGCUGAUGCAGCCAUAUUUUCAAUUUCUUUCUGUGCCAUAAUCUGUAACCUGUUCAUGUUUUGUUUUUGAGAGUUUUCUUUUUACCAUUAGUUAGGAUAACAAAAGAUAUAUAAAGCUGUGUUUCAGUUCCCUAAAAAGAACUUUAGCACCAAUGAACUUGCCAAAGAUUUGCUAAAGUAAAGAUUUUCAUCUGAUAAGGGGUCAGAGUUAGCGUGGUAUGGACCAUCCUCAGCAGUUGAUUAUUGGUUUUGUUCCGUUGCCAUAGUUACUAGAUCAAAGAAUCCAAAUGUCACCCAUCUAAUGAUUGAUGACCCAAUUUCAUGAAUGACAAUGGAAUAUUUCAAAUAUUUGAAUUAUUCAACAAAGUCAUCAUUUUGUCAAAUAAAUGUUAGAAACCAUGUCAGAGACGCUAUGCUAUGUCAUGUUUUGAUUGCAUAUUUUGAAAUGUAAAAAUUGAAAUGUCAUGGAGUAUCUGCGUCUAUAUUUGAACUUUCUCCUGACGUUGAUUUCCUUUUAAGUUUGACUUCUGGUGCUGAAAAGGUUGACGUGGUGUUAAAUCUCGAUUUAUCAUUUUGUGGAAUGACUGAGCGCUCUUGUCAGGUUGUGUGAAUGUUUUUUUACACCCUGUAUAUGUAGGUAUACUAUAUGCCUUAUAGCUAGGUAUGUUUUUAAACUGAUUAUUUAUACUCUUGUUUGUAGUGCGAGUAGAAGAAAUAUUUUUUUAUAAUAGAUUAAAGAUUGCUUUGAUGAUGAGUA